AUCACCUUGUAUGAGCAGCUUAGCAUCCCUUCACAGAGGUUCAGCCAUUCCAUGCUGUCGCAUAAUCCGAGUAAUAACGCUGCCGGUUUGGUAUCUCCAUCGAGCCAGGGUGAUGGGAACGACAGGGGUAUGUUUUUUGCUCGUCAACUACAUCCUAUGCACCCAUCUGACAUGCAAUACAGCCAGUAUUCCGAAUUAAGCACUCCACUGGCACAAGUUGAGCAACGAAAGAAAGUGGAUGAAGAUGACUAUAUGGUUCCUGUUUUCAUCCAGCCUGUACCUGCAAAAAUCGAUAGAUAUAGCAACCGAAUACGCCAGCAGAAGUUUUCACCCUCCGAUCCUCCUCAUCCUUCGUCGAAGUUCCAAAAUGCCAAAGGAACAGGCAUGUUUGAGCACAGUGGAAGCAAGAAGGGAGAAAAUUCAAAUGAGUCUAUGGCUUGCCAGAAGCAAACCGUUUUGUCUGUUAGUCAUGAUCCAGAAACUAGAUUAAGGACUGAUGAUAGUGGACAGCAAGAGCUCUUUGCUGAUUCACGACUUUACAGUGAUGGUCAGAAUAGUGCUGCUAUGGGGGAUAACAUGGCAGCUGCAGCGAAAAUAAAUUCAUCUGAUUCAGAGGAAGCUUCACUAUUGGGAGAGGAGAAUAUCAUCCAUGAUCUUAGUGAUGACAUGGGAUUUCAUGGAGAUGAGUCUAGUAGGCCUCCGCAAAAAGGGGGCUUGGAGAGGGGCGACAGUGUUUCUGAAUCAUCCAUUUUGAAUACUGAAUCUGCGCUGGAUAUAACACCAGACGAUAUUGUAGGUAUAUUAGGCCAGAAACAUUUCUGGAAAGCAAGAAGAGCUAUCAUGAAUCAGCAAAGAGUUUUUGCAGUUCAAUUAUUUGAGUUGCAUAGAUUGAUAAAGGUUCAGAAAAUGAUUGCUUCAUGGCCAAAUCUUUUGGUCGAGGACUCGGGGUUUGUCAACAAGCCUACAACACCAAUACUCGGGAAGAAACAGCCUCUGGAUUGGAAUGAAAAAGGCAACUCAGAUAAUCCACGUCACAAGAAAGAACGCUCUGCUGAAAACAGUCUUGAGAAAGUGCCCUUUUCUGCAGCUCAAAACGAGGUUACACCUUCAAGCUUCAGGCCGUCUGCAGACAGUGCUCGAUCACCGCCUGCCAUCACAAGGAACGACCCUAACAAUGCCCGAACCACUCUUGUCAAUCAUGCAGAAGGGCACCAGUGGUUGAUUCCUGUGAUGUCUCCUUCAGAAGCACUGGUGUACAAGCCGUAUCCAGCACCCGGAUUUCCUGGCCAAGGUUGUGCCUCGGGGCCAAAUCCAGUGCCAGGUGGCUUCCUGCCUCCGGCAUUUGGACUCCCUACUGCAAUGCCCCAAUAUCCUUUUCCUUCGUUGCAUCCGUACUUCCCUUAUGGCAAGCCGAUGAUGAGUCCCCACUCCGUCGCUGCCAUGCCUACUGAGAAUAACGGGAAUGGGCUGGACCGGCAUCCAUCUGAGGAGAUCGAAGAAGUGCAAUGGAGCAGUUCUAGCAGCCCAAGUGAGAGACAGCCUAGUAGCAGUGUGGAGGGAGCAAACAUUCUCCCAGUCCCCCCUACGCAGUCUUGUCCUUGGGUUCGCACCCCUCGGGUGAUCAAGGUUGUGCCGCGCAAUGGUGUAUCGGCGUCUGAAUCUGCUGCAAGAAUUUUCCGGUCCAUUCAAGAAGAAAGAAUGCAGCAUGAUUCAGCGCAACUCUUUUUCCUUUAAUAAGAUCAAACUUAUUCUUUACUAAUAAUAUUUUUAUUACUUUUUCUUUCUAUCUUUUUUGUAAUUAUUAAAAUUUAUAUCCACCUAAGACCGUAUACUCUUAAUGGGGACAGAGGGAUUACUUUACAAA